AUGGCAAUCUCACACUCCCCGACGAAGACUGAAACCGACACCACCUCUGAGGCAUUCCCACAGCCAACCACCUCCAACUCCAUUACGAAGACCGCGCUCUCCAGGAGGGCACAUACCAAAAAGCAGAACAGUAUGAGUCGCCCCAAUUUGCGACGAGUAAUUAUCCGCUUGCCCCCUUCACACGUACGGGAUGCAAUGCAGUUCAUCCCAAUAGAAGAUAUUUGUACGUUCCUCUCCAGUUGGUCUCUCUUCAGCGUCCCGAACGAGGAAGACAUCGCGACUGCAGCCACGUACUACUUCGUGGACGUAUGCAGUACAUACCCUAAUUCCCUGAUCCGGUUUGCGGCCAACGUACUCAUUCGCCAUUUUGAACCGGGCCUGGAGCGGACGACAGCGAGGCACAAGGCGUACGAAACGCUAAAGGCCAAAACACAAUUUGUCAAGGCCAUGAGGGCUAUCUGUGGCGAGUUGGCCAAAGCCUUCGUUGAAACUGGCAAAGCUGAUCUUUGGAUGCCCAACGGACUGUAACCCCCGUGCGAUAACUUCUCCUGAACAACGACUCGAGCUCUCCAUUCGACUACCGAAGUCGGUGUCGCAACGCGUACAAAACGACCAUCGUCCUUCUUUUCCUGGACUUCGAUGAAGCCAUCGUCC